AUGACAGAUAAUGGGCAAGCUAAGAAUCAAGGGGAUUCUCAAGCAAUUUAUCCUCCACCACCAUUCCCACAAAGGUUGAAAAGGCAAAAGCUUGAUAAACAAUUUGAGAAAUUUCUCAAUGUUUUCAAGAAGCUCCACAUAAACAUUCCUUUUGCUGAAGUUUUGGAAAACAUGCCAAGUGUUUCAAUUAUGCUUUUGUCAAUUGCCAAGAAAAUUAGACUUAAUGAGAUACAACCCACCACAGUUUCUUUGCAAUUAGCAGAUAGGACAAUCAGGCAUCCUGUUGGCAUUAUUGAGGAUGUAUUGGUUAAAGUUGGGCAUUUUUACAUUCCGAUGGACUUCAUUGUGCUUGAAAUGGAAGAGGAUCUGGAAAUUCUUUUAAUCUUGGGCCGACCAUUCUUGGCCACUGCAAGUGCAAUCAUUGAUGUAAGAGAAGGCAAGAUAACUUUCAAAGUUAGAGAAGAGGAAGUUGAGUUUAACAUUUUCAAUGCAAAUAAAAAUCUUAGCUCUACAAGUUGUUGCUAUAGAAUGGAGUUAAUUGAUGAAGGGAAAGGUGAACCUAUUUCUCCACAUACAAUUGAGCAAGCACCAAUCUUUGAGUUUAAGCCACCACCUCCGCUUGUCAGACCCAAGUAG